AUGGUGAAUCAGAGCAAGAGCGAGAGAGAGAUCCGCCUUUUGAUUCAUCAAAUGCGAAGCUUGCUUGAGCUAGCUGAAGGCAUGUUAGACGCACCUGGGGCGGAUGUUCUGGGAGAGCUAAAUGAGGAGCCGGAGCCGCCUCUCCCCACUCCAACGAUUCCCACUUCUCCACGUUCUGGCCAGAAAGCCACUGUUAAGUCCCCCGCUCGCGUUCGCCCGGGCAUGCAUCCGACGCUCGGUGCUGGCACAACUUCUCGUGCCGCCGGUGGGAAGCAGCGUGCUGUGGAUAAUGUAGAGCCCUGCCUGUCGACGCCGAUGUCUUCAGAUGCUGAAGACGAUACUUGCAGUCCGAUCGACGUGGAUCGCCCUUACUACGAAAUGCCCUCGUUCAAGUCCAGAGGAGUUCGCAUCGAGACUAUAGGUUCUCCCUCAAUGUCGGGUCGUCCUUCUGGUCCGUCGCGCGCCGUGACACGUCUUCCAGUCGGAACCACACCGAUGGCGUCGCCAGCGCAACCGGCGGCAUCGUUCUCGCACCCUGCAACGCCCACGCGGAUGCCGAUGCUGUCUCCUGGCAAUGCAAACCCAAACGCGGCAGCUGCUAGAGACCAGACCCCUGCACCUGCGCAGGGCACUUCUGGUCAGCCCAUCCCGUCGCAUCUCCGCUGGUACGCAAUCACAAUGGGCUCCAAGGUCGGAGUCGUGAGAGGCUGGCACAUCGCAAGGGCCAACACCCUCCCCUUCGAGUCCAUGUGCAAUGUGUUCGACACACAGGAAGAGGCGCAAGAGAUCUUCGACGAGGCCUUCCUCUCCGGGUCUGUGUUGGUUCGGCUGAACAACAACUGGGUCGAGGUCACCCGCGACCCGAUGUUUGUGCCCUAUAUCCUUCCGCUCACGCAAAUCCCCCCGCCGCAGUGA